UAAUACAUUGAGAGCCUUAAUAAGAGUUAUUUUUUUACUUCCGCCAUGGAAUCGGCGACAUUUUUAAGACCUUUAACCAGUUUCCAAACAAGUAUAAGCUUUCUGCAAAUGUUUUACGCAUUAAAUUUGCUGUUAUUCUUCGGUUUUAUCCUGAUUAUUAUAAAAGUGGCCCAGUAUCGUAGAAAUGUGUGCAAUCAAAUCCCUUCGAAGAGACUCGGGGUGUUUAACGUUUUCGGGAGCAUUGGUGAGCUGUCGUGGCAACAGUUCAGCGGAAGUGAGUUCAACUUCAAUGUCAAGUUUUCUCAGUUUCUUGAAGGCUUCGGCUAUAUGUUUCGCGAUUAUCCUCUAUUUGGCUUCUGGUUAUCCUACGUUCCUUUCGUCAUUAUCACAAAGGCUGAAUCAGCUGAGGCACUUAUGAGUGGAACUAAACACAUGGAAAAGAACUGGUCAUACAACAUGCUGCAUCCCUGGCUACGCACGGGACUGUUGACAAGCCAAGGUUCUAAAUGGAAAUCCCGAAGGAAGCUGCUCACAAAUGCGUUUCAUUUCGACAUUUUGAAGGAUUUUCUGCCAGUUUUCAACGAACAAUCGCAGAUCUUGGCAAAAAGAUUAAAGAACGAAACUACCAAGGAUUUCAUAAACAUAAUAAAGCCUGUAACACUUUGUACAUUAGAUAUAAUUUGUGAAACCACCUUUGGUGUCAAGAUAGGUGCCCAAGAAAAUGAGGAGUCGCCAUAUUUGAAAUCAGUUACUCGAGCAGCGGAAAUCAUAAUUGAAAGAAUAUCGAAUUUUUGGCACUGGUCAGACUUUUUUUUCCAAUUUACUGAAAGUGGCAAAGACUUACAGAAGCAUUUGAAUAUACUUCACAGUUUUACCAGAUCGGUAAUUCAAACAAAGAAAAAGGAACUCCUUUUCGGUUCUCCAGAUGCCAGUCAAAAGCGCAAGCGAAUGGCUCUCAUGGAUUUGCUUCUAGAGCAUCACAUUCGAACGAAAGAUCUCACUGAAGAAGACGUCAGUGAAGAAGUCGAUACAUUUGCUUUUGAGGGCCAUGACACUACAUCAAUGGCCGUCAGCUGGGCUCUGCAUUUGAUAAGUUUAUAUAAAGACGUUCAAGACAAAAUCCACGAGGAGUUGGAUCAUAUUUUUGGAGACGACAAAGAAAGACACGUGACAAUGGAUGAUCUGAAAGAUAUGACGUAUCUCGAUCGAGUUCUUAAGGAAUCUCAAAGAAUUUAUCCAUCCGUACCCAUCAUUGGAAGGCGAGUGAGUGAAGACAUUACCAUAUGUGGUUACAAGAUACCCAAAGGAUUUUCCUGUGGUGUGGCUAUUUAUCUAAUACACAGAGACGAACGUGUGUUUCCGAAUCCGGAAAAAUUUGAUCCUGAUCGGUUUUUGCCAGAAAACACUGCGAAUCGUCAUCCAUAUGCUUUUAUUCCAUUCUCUGCAGGUCCAAGGAAUUGUAUCGGUCAGAGAUUCGCCGCAAUGGAAGAAAAAAUUAUAGUGUCUACAAUUUUAAGGCACUACACCAUCAAGUCCCUGGACCAUAGGGACAAGAUUUCAGUCGUGGCCGAAAUUGUACUGAGGCCUUCGAUACCACUGAGAAUUCAAAUCAGGCCUAGGAAAAAGGACCUGUAUUAUUCUUCUGGUAUCACUAUGGAAUCGGCAACAAUUUUAAGACUUUUAACCAGUUUACUAACAAACAUAAGCUUAUUUCAAUUGUUUUAUGCAUUAAGCUUGUUGCUAUUCUUUGGUGUUUUCUUACUUUUUAUAAAAGUAGCACUAUAUCGUAGAGAUUUGUGCGAACGACUUCCUUGUCAGAAACUCAGGCUGUUCAAUCUUUUCGGAAAUUCAGCAAGUAUAUAUUGGAAAUUACUUUGGACGACUGGAUCUUCUUUUAAUAUAAUAUUGUCUCACACGAUUGCAGGCUACGGCCAUAUGUUCCGAGAUCAUCCAUUGUUUUGCUUCUGGUUAUCCUACGUUCCUAUCGUCAUUAUCACAAAAGCCGAAGCCGCUGAGGCACUUAUCAGUGGAACUAAACAUUUACAAAAGAAUUGGUCAUACAACUUUCUUCAUCCGUGGUUAGGCACAGGAUUAUUGACUAGCCACGGUUCUAAAUGGAAGUCCCGGAGGAAAUUGCUCACAAAUGCUUUUCACUUUGAUAUUUUGAAGGAUUUCCUUCCUGUUUUCAAUGAACAGUCACAGAUCUUAGCAAAGCGAUUGAAGAACGAAAUUACUAAAGAUUUUACAAACAUAUUAAAGCCUGUAACGCUUUGUACUUUAGAUAUAAUUUGUGAAACCACCUUUGGUGUCAAGAUAGGUGCCCAAGAAAAUGAGGAGUCACAAUAUCUGAAAUCAGUCACUCGAGCAGAGGAAAUCAUAAUCGAAAGGAUAGCGAAUUUUUGGCACUGGUCAGAUUUUUUUUACCAAUUUACUGAAAGUGGCAAAGAAUUAAAGAAGCAUCUCAAUGUACUACACAAAUUUACCAGAUCGGUAAUUCAAAAGAAGAAAAAUAAACUCCUUUUCGAUUCUCCAGAUCCUAAUCAAAAGCGUAAGCGAAUGGCACUCAUGGAUUUACUUCUAGAGCAUCACAUUCAAACGAAAGAUCUCACUGAAGAAGACAUCAGAGAAGAAGCCGAUACAUUUGCUUUUGAGGGCCAUGACACUACAUCGAUGGCUGUCUGUUGGGCUCUCUAUUUGAUAGGUUUACACAAAGACGUUCAAGACAAAAUUCACGAGGAGUUGGAUCAAAUUUUCGGAGACGACCUCGAAAGACACGUGACAAUGGAUGAUCUUAAAGAUAUGACGUAUCUGGAUCGGGUUUUCAAGGAAUCUCAAAGAAUUUAUCCAUCUGUGCCAAUCGUUGCAAGGCGAGUGAGUGAAGAUACAACCAUAUGUGGUUACCGAAUACCCAAAGGGUCUUCCUGUGCCGUGGCAAUUUAUCAAGUGCACAGAGACGAACGGAUGUAUCCGAAUCCAGAAAAAUUCGAUCCUGACCGCUUUCUGCCUGAAAAGACAGCCAGUCGUCAUCCAUAUGCUUUUAUUCCGUUCUCUGCAGGUCCCAGGAAUUGUAUCGGUCAGAGAUUCGCCUCGAUGGAAGAGAAAAUUGUUGUGGCUACAAUAUUAAGAUACUACACUGUCAAAUCCUUGGAUCAGAGAGAAAAGUUUUCAGUUGUGGCCGAACUUGUACUGAGACCUUCAAUUCCUCUUCGAAUUCAAAUCAGGCCUAGGAAAAAGGACCAAUAGCAACUAAAUAGAAUAUUUUUGACUCGAAUGUUUCAAAAGGGAUUUCUACAUUCGUUGUUUUGAACUUUGAAUCUUAAAGAUUCACAGAGGAUUUUUUUUUUCCUUUCAUACAUUUUAUCACAAUCUCAUCGAAAUAUACAAAAUUAUUCGAAAAAUUGAGAACAAAGUUUAUGAAUCAGUCAAAUGUCAGAGUAAAUGCAAAACGAGGGCUCGAAGAAUACAAGAAGAACCAGAAAUAAAUCAAUGACCAUUAAGUUUAUAAAACAAAUUUAUUGAUCAAUGCAUGUAGGACGCUUCGGAGUUUCAAAUAUUGAAUUGAGUUACACAUGAUUCAGUUUUAGGUCAUCUUUAAUCUAAACAAAUCAAUGGUGGCGCUUGUAUGUUCAGAAAUAUAUGAAAGCACAAUCAUUUCUCUGUCAACCCAAUUUCUAUCAUCUCGUAUUACAUAUAUGUCUGCCUACUCUAGAAUGUUUUUAAUCGGCAAAAUGAGUCAUGGUGCGAUUGCCAAACACUCCACUCUAUUGAUAUUAUAUUUUAAACAGAUAUUAAACUUCCGGCUAUAUUUCCUAGAUAAAAUUGUAAGUCCAACAUAUAUUCUAAUUUUGUUGGGAUAUUUUCGAAUCAAUCUGCAACGCUCAAUAAGGCGUUGAAUGCAUCAGUUGACGCUGUUUAAAGUAAAAGUGCUUUCACGAAAAUUCGUAAACAGAAGGGAUUUUCAAGGAAUCGUUGUCAAGGAUAUGCUCUGGACAUGAAUUUUCUGCAUUCAUCUCUUUUUAAUAAAGUUUAUAAAAUGUUCACAUUUUAGGGAACUAAGACUGAGUCCCAAGAACCAUCACUAGUCGUAGUAUAAUCCAUUCCGUAGGAGGUACGUCCCGUCAUCGGUAAAGGUGGGGAGUAGUUGAGCUCGCACCACAUCUGUACCCACCAAGGUGGCGAGAAAGCACAUUAGAAAAGAAAAAAAUUAUUUGAUUAACAGUAAGAAAUAAUAGGAAAUGUCUGAACAUAGCUUUGAUACAGGUUUGAAAUCAUUAGCAUUUAAAAAAUUCCCAGUGUACCUUGAAUACCUGGGCCAGUCACUUAAAGGCAUGCACCAAAUGGCUGAGUAUUAUCCAAAGGAAUUACAUACUCCAAAUUUGCAGGAGAUCUUAAGGAAAUAAGUAUGGCAGCAUGAGUUUAAAGAUUGUUGUCAGUGCAUGCAACUACCAUAAGUUCAAUAGACAAAGGUCUUCGAGAUUUAUCCACUUUUGGAUUUAUUGUCCAUUGAAAUGUCCAAGCAAAACAUAAAUAUUGAAUAACGUCCAUGCGCAAAAUCCUUGCUUACCAAGAAAGGUGCUGGGCAUACAGCCCAGCGAGGAAAUUCCAUUCAUCUAGAUAUUGAGGCAUCAAUAUUGGUCUAUUAAUAAUGGCUUGUUAAUAUUUGAUAUUAAUGGAACGAAUAUUAAAUCCGUGUUGAAUGGAGUUCUCUAAUGACAUCUACUGUAAGAUAAUAACGUUUUCAAAUCUUUAUCAGAAUCAUACAGAUAUAUAUUGGUACGGCUUUACAAUGGCCAAAUUGAUACUCCACCUGGCUAUUAUGUUUCCUUUGACAUAUUCGGUAAGUUAAAUGAAGGAUGACGGCAGUCUAGUUUUCUUACGUAUGCAGAGGAGUAGCUUUUUAAUUACUUUUCAUACAUCACCUCAAGCUCUACUGAAUAAUUUUGUACUUCAUUAAAAAUCCUGACAAUCUCUCCUGUGAACAAGAAAAUGACAUUGAGCAUAUUCUCAUUUUCUGUUUGAAAUAUUCAACUUGUAGAAUAACAUUUUCAGCAAGCUCACUUUCAAUCACCAAGACGUUUAGUCCCUUAAAAUUAAUUAAAUUAAUUCCAAAAACUAUUCUUCAUAAGCUUUAUCUACAAAUUUUUCUCCGUUCACUGAAGUUUUUUUAUAUAUAUAUUUAUUAACUAUGACUCUCUAUCAUUAAGAGGGUGUUUUUUAGUGUUAAAAAUCCCAAUUUAUCCAUUUCAUUAAUAAUUAAUGUUUUUAGCAAACAUUAAUGAAUAUUAUUUACUUCAUAAAUGAUUUCGAGUGUUGUUUUGUGAUUUAAAGCAAAGAGAUUGCAUGUUAUAAGCAUGAAUAAAAUGUUCAUGUGACUGUGUUAUAAAGCGUGAAAAUGGAACAAUUAACAACACCAACUUGUAUAAUCCGAGUAUUUCUGACUCCGAAAUUCAAAAUGGAACAGAGAAACCAGUUCAUUUCUAUAUCGUCUAUAUUUUGUAAAUACAAGAAAAGUUGGAUAUAGAAAUAUAUUCAAACUCCAAUAAAUUUAAUAAAAGCGCCUUUUAAGACAUUUUUAUCAAUAUAUCAAAAAGCAAACUUCUCGAAUUUUCAUUUCAAAAUUCAUUGUUAUAAAUAUUAAAGAAUCUUCAACAAAUCAAUGUGCCACAGGUAUAAAAUCACAAGGUCAUAUUCAUGAGUUAAGUUCUACAGAAUUAAAUGAAAAUAAUUAAGUUUUAAAGAAUUAAAUGAAAAGAACUUUCUAAAGAAUUAAAUGAAAAGAACUUUCUAAAGAAUUAAAUGAAAAGAACUUUCUAAAGAAUUAAAUGAAAAGAACUUUCUAAAGAAUUAAAUGAAAAGAAAUAAGUUCUAAAGAAUUAAAUGAAAAGAAAUAAGUUCUAAAGAAUUAAAUGAAAAGAAUGAAGUUCUAAUAAUAUAAAACUUGUAAGUUUUCAUUCAAAACGCACUAGUGCAAGAAAUUUCAAAAUUCCAUCAUAUAAAGAAAUGAAUGGAAACCCAAUAAAAAUUCGAUAUUUAUAAUCUUGAAACAAGUCAAGUUAAAUUAAAAUGCAUUCUUAGUUAUAUUUCAAAGUGGCGAAAUUAAUUGUCAACGAAAAUUGGUAAUGCUGCUGUAGUUAGGAAAUUUCCCUCUGUACAAAAGAAUGUUUACCGAUUCUAUUUCGUUCAUUCCAACUGGGUCUUCUUAAGAAUAUUUUAACAAUUUCAAUUUCCGUUAUUUUUAAUUUAUAAUCGAAACUGUCCCACUUAAAAUCAUUUUUUUUCGUAUUAUCCAACUCCAAAAAACAUAUAUAUCAGACCUCCCUAAAUCAUAUAAACAAUCCAAAUGCCCACCUAAUUCGACAUGAUUUUGCGUCCAUACAAGAGUCUGAUAUAUAGAUUCCAUCAAGUACAGGUUUAUCAAAAAUCACGAAUUUUGCACAUUUAAGAAUUGCGCAGUAAAAUUUAAAUACAUUUAUAUAUUUUAAAUAAUAACUUUCUUUAUAUAUAUUGUAUAAAAGAAAGAAUAAACUUUUAUUAUUAUUUUUGAUUUUUCUCCAAAUUAUUAAAGUGUACAUUAAAUUGAAUAAUUAAUUCAGAGAAACUAGGUUAAAACCGAAACAAUAGUCAACAGAUUUAUUGGUUCCCAUAGUGUAUGUCUGACCUCUCCACCAGUCUGAAACAAUCCCUUUUUACUUUCUAUUAUUUUUCCCUCAUCAACGUCUUUCUUUGUUUAAUGCUAAUAGGUAGAUAUAUGUCAUUCCGAACUUCAAGAGAAAAAAAAAAUCCGCCUUUCAUUUUGAAUUGCAGCUUCUCUCUUUUCCGAGGACGAGUUAAUUCACUGGAUUGUUCCGGUAUAUUGAGAAUAACUUAAAAAAAUAUUUUUAAAAAAUCUCACUUCUUUGGAAAAGUAUACUUUUCUUAUUUUGGCAUGAAAAUGGAGGAUAAGAAA